AUGCCUCCAAGGCUUGGUGUUCAAGACAGGAAUGAUGAAAGACAUGUGGAGGUGGACAUUACUAAAGGAAUGGAAAUGGCAGUGUACUAUUGCUGUAAAAAGGAAGAGUCUGAGUCGGAGGAGGAGGAGCCAGACUUUGCAGUAACGUCGCGCCUCCCACCGGUUCACUCCAAUCACAACAUUGUGGCGGCAACUGCCGCCGCUUCCUCCAUCCCAAAUGGCCCUGCCCUCUUCUCCACCCCUCCACUGGCUCGGAAACUGACCCGCUCCCAGACUUUUUGCCCUACUUGCACACACUAUGAUCUGCCUUUCUACCUCCAGCCUCCUCAGCCGCAGCUUCACCACCCACCAGAUGGGUUGAGGAAUGGAGGUGAGCGGAUCAGCUACCGCAGCAUCCAGCACCAGCAGAGUCUGGACCUGCCAGUGCCUGUAAACAUUUCCAACUACCGCAAACCAAACCUCGCACGAUCAGUUACCAUGAGGGAGAUGUUCCAACGCAGCUGCAGCAUCAGCACAGAUGUUUGA